AAUGAGCCUGUCUGUCUGACAGGGCAGGGAAGCUGAGGGACAGAGAUCAUACGGUAGUAAACGGCAGCCAUCAUGGCAAGACAACCAGCCAAAACUCUAUGGUAUGACCGUCCACGAUAUGUAUUUCUGGAAUUCUGUGUGGAAGACAGCAGGGAUGUAAAAGUGGACCUUGAUGAUUACAAGGUAAUAUUCAGCUGUAAGAAUACUGAUGGCACUGAAAUAUACAACGAGAUUCACUUUUAUGCCCGACUAAAUUCCAAGGAUUCCCACAAUAAGCGUUCAGGCAGGUCCAUCACACUCUUUGCACGCAAGUGGAAGGACAAAGUGCCAUGGCCACGUCUCACCAAAGAAGAUUUCAAGCCAGCAUGGCUCUCAGUGGACUUUGAUAACUGGAGAGAUUGGGAAGGAGAUGAAGAAAUGGAAGCAGCCAUGGUUGAACAAUAUGCAGAGCUCAUGCAAAAAGUCACUAAGAAAGAACCACCGCCAGCCAUGGAUGAUCUUGAUCUUACUACCCAGGUGGUCUCCUGCUGCCCGGCAAAAUUAUCUACAGAAAUUAGUGGAAAGAACAUUUUGAAAGGUUUCCAUGUCAUCCUGGAAGACACUAUUCUUUUCCCAGAGGGUGGAGGGCAGCCUGAUGACCAGGGAUUUAUUAAUGAUAUCCCUGUUCUCAGAGUCACCCGACAAGGUCCAGAUGCUUUACACUUUAUCCAGACACCACUUGAGCCAGGAACUAAGGUACAACUGGUGCUGGACUGGGACCGGCGGUUUGACCAUAUGCAACAGCAUUCAGGACAACAUCUCAUCACAGCACUUGCAGAUCUGAUGUUUGGAUACAAGACAACAUCAUGGGAGCUGGGCCGUCAGCGAAGCACUAUUGAGCUAGACACCUCAUCAAUGACAGUAGAUCAGGUGACAGUCCUUGAGCAGAGUGUGAAUGAAAAAAUUCGAGUUCGGGUCCCUGUGAUGGUACGAGAGUUUGCUGUGGGUGAUCCUGAAGUUGAGAGGGUAAGAAGCCGUGGCUUGCCAGAUGAUCAUACUGGGCCAGUUCGGAUAAUAAGCAUUGAAGGUAUUGAUGCCAAUAUGUGUUGUGGCACACAUGUCUCCAAUCUCAGUGACCUGCAGGUCAUUAAACUCUUGGGUACGGAAAAGGGGAAAAAGAACAAAAUCAACUUAAUUUUUCUUGCUGGCAAUCGGGUGCUGAAAAGUCUGGAUCGAAGCCAUGCCACUGAAAAGGCCCUGACAUCACUGCUUAAGAAUGGUCCCGAAGAACAUGUAGAAGCUGUGAAAAGGCUGCAGAGAUCUGUGAAACUACUUCAGAAGAAUAAUGUGAAUUUGCUAAGAGAUUUAGCUGUUCUUACAGCGCAGAACUUCAGAAACACCUCAGCUCAACAGCCAGUAUUUGUCUUACACAGGAAAGAUGGUGACUCUGAGUUUAUGAAUAUAAUUGCAAAUGAAUUUGGCUCUGCGGAAACCCUCCUUUUCUUAUCUGUGGGAGAUGAAAAAGCAGCUGGGCUUUUUCUGUUGGCAGGGCCUUCAGAAGCAGUGGAGAAACUGGGUCCCAGAGUUGCUGAACUACUGGAAGGAAAAGGAGCAGAGAAACAUGGGCGCUAUCAGGGCAAAGCUACAAGGAUGAGCCAACGAUCGGAAGUGGAGGCCCUUCUUCAGGCAUUCGCCAGCAAAUAAAACUCGGAACAAUGACUGGGCAUCUGGACAAUAAUGCAGUUAGGGAAGAAGCAAAUGAUUCUGCCAUAAUUGUUCCUUAAGGACUAUUUAAUAAUACAAUAAUCUAUUUUUGUUUUUUGAGCAUGCCAGUAUCAGCAGAAAAGAAUGAUCACUGGUCUAAUAUUGCAAAGAGGGAUAUUACUAGAUAUGAAAGAGAUAAAAUAUGUAAGAGAGGUGUGAUAUGUAAAACAAGCAUGUCUGGAAACUAUCUUAUAUCUGUAGGAAGAAGCUUUACCAUAAACCAAGCAGGGUUUUUUUGGUAUUGAGAAGAAUUGCAUUUUUCAGAAAUGUGCUAUGAUGCACGUUCCAUACAAUUUGUGAUGUUUCAGUAUCACAAAUUAAACACUGCAGAUGUUUGCUGAUGUA